AUGAGUGAGACGGGGAUGCAGCAUAGGGCGAGAUGGCCUCUGCUGGAGAUUUUGACCACGGUCUUGCAUGCUAGUCAACUGGUUCUCGCUAUCGUCGUGCUGGGGUUGGCUGUAUACGGAGUUCAACACGUUAGAUAUAAUGUGCUGAUCUAUUCGCUAGUAGUGGCACUUUGCACUAACUUGGUCUGCAUGUACCGCUUCAUCUCGCGGACUGUACUGCGGAAACUGGAUAAUGAGUAUGUCGCCCUGGGCUUAUAUAUCUGGAUGUUCGUCCUCUGGGUCGUCGAUCUCGGACUCGUCGCCAAUUUGGCCAUGGUAUGGGGUGACUCAGAAUGCGCGCCCGACUCCUGGGAUGGGUCUAAAUGCACGAUACAUUCAAAGCAACAUGUCUACAGGAGUGCCACGAGCCCUCAUCGUGCAUAUCACAAGGCGUUGAUUGCGAUCGCAUGUCUCGCUGCCGUUCAAGUCGUUCUUUGGACUGCAACGAUAGCCAUUCUCUUGCGCGUUUCGAUGAAUCGUCGACUGAAUGCGGCCUUUGAGGCCUCUCUCAACAUCAACCAGCCCAUGGAUGAGGUGCGGGCGGGAAACGACCCGUGGGCUGUAGGUAUUCCUGGCCUGCGCAAUGGGCCGCUGCCGCUUCUCCCGUCGCCUGAACCUGGGUAUCAGGGAGAGAAGAGCGUGUGA